AUGGAACACGAAGAAACAGUUGACGUUGUAGCUUCAGGAGCAUCAGAAACUUACCCAAGCCAAGUCGGAUCACUUAAGAAGGGUGGAUAUUGUGUCCUUAGAGGCCAUCCAGUCAAGAUCAUGGAAAUUGCCACCGCCAAAGUCGGCAAGCAUGGCUCAGCCAAAGCCAAAAUUACAGGAAUCGAUGUUUUCACAUCAAAUAAAUAUGAGGAAAUCCACCCAACUUCCCACAAUAUCUGCGGUGCAUGAUUUUUGAUGCUAUUUAGGGAAUUUAUCCGAAAGUUUUAUAGAGAAAAUGCCUGUCUAUCUAAAAUUAUAUUUAAAUUAAUGUCUUAAUCUAAGUAAAGCUGUCAAAAAAUAGAGAGCAAAUGACGCAGCCCAAUAUCGACGUUCCUAACAUUUCAAGAAUUGACUACACCUUGGUCGAUAUUGCAAGAGAUGGGUUUGUUUCCUUGAUGGACGACGCUGGAAAUACAAAAGAAGACUUAAAGCUUCCUGAGGACGAAGAAGGAGCCAAAAUCCGUGACUUGUUCGAGAAUGGAGCUACAGUUUCAGUGACUGUUAUGAAAGCUAUGGGACAAGAGAGAAUUAUGGCUGGUAAAGAAAUCUAA